CCUCAGUCUGGACCUUCCCAGGGACCCUGCAAGAUAGCCUCCAGACCCAGAGUAUCCUGCUUGCUGAUGCCUGUGUGCAUGGCUCUGUAGCCAGACUGCAGCACCCUCAAAGAAUCACCUAAUGCCUCUGAAGAAUAGGGGUAGGGUGGCCCCAGCUUCUGCUCCCUGGACACAGGACCAGCUGACUCAGAUCAGGGAGGGGUGGCUGGGUCCUACACUUGAGAACACCUGAAGAAGACGGUGACAGCCUGCCCUCUUGACAGUUCUCCCCUUUGCAGGCCCCAAGAGCUGCAGACAAUUAUUCUCUGGUCUUCAGCUAUCUGUGUUUCUCCAGCGGUGUAUGGGGGACUGACCCGCCUAGUUCUUCUAAGAUGCUCCUAGCCUCUCCCUCCACACCAUCCAGGGGACGAACCCCCAGCGCCGUGGAGAGGCUGGAGGCUGACAAAGCCAAGUAUGUCAAGACGCACCAGGUGAUAGUACGUCGCCAGGAGCCAGCCCUGCGCGGGGGACCCGGGCCGCUCACCCCACACCCUUGCAAUGAGCUGAGCACCCCGGUAUCGCCCAGGGCACCUGGGCCUGCCCGCCGGGGUAGUGGCAGGAGACAGCCAAGGCCUGAUUCCCUUAUCUUCUACCGUCAGAAGCGGGACUGCAAGGCUUCGGUGAACAAAGAGAAUGCCAAGGGUCAGGGGCUGGUACGACGCCUCUUCCUGGGCAGCCCCCGGGAUGCUGUCCCGAGCAGCCCAGGACCCACCGAGAGACCCACGGCUCCUGGGGGUUGGGCUGGAUCCCAAGAUGUCCCGGAGGCGGCGGGGAAGCGGCCUCUGUGUCCCACGUGCUCGCUGCCGCUGUCGGAAAAGGAGCGCUUCUUUAACUACUGCGGCCUGGAGCGCGCGCUGGUGGAGGUGCUGGGCGCAGAGCGCUUCUCUCCGCAGAGCUGGGGCACCGACCGCAGCCCCCACAACGGAACUUCGCCGCCGCCACCCGGCUCUGGGGACACCAGCGACUGCACAUCCAGCGACCCGGGGAGCCAAGACUGUGCGGGAGGCGGCGGCUCGGAGGCGGCGGGGUCGGCGCGGGACGGACGGCCUCCGGUGUCGGUGGUGGAGCGCAACGCGCGUGUCAUCCAGUGGCUGUACGGCUGCCAGCGCGCCCGCGCCCCGCCGCGCGAGUCCGAGGUGUGACCCCCCCGGGGGGGGGACACCGGCAGGCACAGCAUGCUUCUGCAGCCCAUGGACAAACCCUCCUGCUGGGCCCCAGUUCCCCCCGGUCUGCACCCCAGAUGAGAUGGGACAGCAUGGACCCGGCGCAGACGCCCGGAAAGAGGAUAGAGUGGCUUUGUGGACUCUAUGGAGGUUGUAUGCGAGGAGUGAUGGACUGGGAUGAGAGAGGAGCAAACUACCGAAUAAA